AUCUUGAACCUUGAGAGGUCUGCUAUACUAUUUCAGCAUUAUUAUAGCUAGUGCUGGAUUAAGCCAGCAAGUAUCUGGGAAAACUUCAGCUCGUGAAGGUUUUUUUCUGUAGUUGUGUGCUGUUUUUGUUGUAUACUCCUGCGCAUAAAGUUACUGUUCCUGCAUUAUGACUGUGGAGACCGAAGACCUUUAAUCAGAACUAGACCCCUUCUGAAGUAAUACUCCAUUUGUUAUCAGUUAUUGGCUUGAAGACCUGUUGUGAUACCAAUUAUUAAAUGGUAGAAGCAAAAGGUUCCUUAAAACUGUGCUAUGAAUGGUGAUUCUGGUGUGGGGGUGGUGACUUCACCACCUCCAACAACAGCCCCUCAUAAGGAGAGGUAUUUUGAUCGAGUUGAUGAAAACAAUCCAGAUUAUUUGAGAGAGAGGAAUAUGGCACCUGACCUUCGCCAGGAUUUUAACAUGAUGGAACAGAAGAAGAGAGUCUCCAUGAUUCUUCAAAGCCCAGCUUUUUGCGAAGAGCUGGAAUCUAUGAUCCAGGAGCAAUUUAAGAAGGGGAAGAACCCAACAGGUUUAUUGGCUUUACAACAGAUUGCGGAUUUCAUGACAACGAACGUACCAAAUGUCUACCCUGCAGCACCACAGGGCGGAAUGGCUGCAUUGAACAUGAGUCUUGGGAUGGUGACACCAGUGAAUGAUCUGAGAGGAUCAGAUUCCAUUGCUUAUGAAAAAGGGGAGAAGUUGUUGCGAUGUAAAUUGGCAGCUUUCUACAGAUUAGCAGAUCUCUUUGGCUGGUCUCAGCUUAUUUACAAUCAUAUAACAGCCAGAGUGAAUUCUGAGCAGGAGCACUUCCUCAUUGUACCUUUUGGACUUCUCUAUAGUGAAGUUACUGCAUCUAGUCUGGUUAAAGUCAAUCUUCAGGGAGACGUAGUUGAUCGUGGAAGCACCAACUUGGGAGUAAACCAAGCUGGCUUUACUUUGCACUCUGCAAUUUAUGCCGCUCGACCUGAUGUUAAAUGCAUUGUUCACAUUCAUACGCCAGCAGGGGCGGCGGUUUCUGCAAUGAAGUGUGGUCUCUUGCCCAUUUCACCUGAAGCCCUUUCUCUGGGGGAGGUAGCUUAUCACGACUACCAUGGGAUUUUAGUGGAUGAUGAAGAAAAGGUGGUUAUUCAGAAGAAUUUGGGGCCUAAAAGCAAGGUCCUUAUUCUCAGAAACCACGGCUUGGUGUCAGUUGGAGAGACUGUUGAGGAGGCUUUCUACUAUAUUCAUAAUCUAGUGCUUGCCUGUGAAAUUCAAGUGCGUACCCUGGCCAGUGCAGGUGGACCUGACAACUUAGUGCUUUUAGAUCCUGGAAAGUAUAAAGCCAAAUCUCGUUCUCCUGAGUCUCCAGCAGGUGAGGGUACUGUAUCCCAUCCAAAAUGGCAGAUUGGCGAACAGGAAUUUGAAGCUCUUAUGCGAAUGCUGGAUAAUCUGGGUUACAGAACUGGCUAUCCGUAUCGAUGCCCUGCUCUGAGAGAGAAAUCUAAAAAAUACAGUGAUGUUGAGAUUCCAGCUAGUGUCACAGGUUACUCCUUUACUAGUGAUGGCGAAUCAGGCACUUGCUCCCCCCUCAGACACAGUUUUCAGAAACAGCAGCGAGAGAAGACAAGGUGGCUGAACUCUGGCCGAGGGGAUGAUGCUUCUGAAGAAGGGCAGAAUGGCAGCAGCCCCAAGUCGAAGACUAAGGUGUGGACGAACAUUACACACGAUCACGUGAAACCCUUGCUGCAGUCUCUCUCGUCCGGUGUCUGCGUGCCAAGCUGUAUUACCAACUGCUUGUGGACUAAAGAGGAUGGACAUAGAACUGCCACCUCUGCUGUCCCUAACCUGUUCGUUCCACUCAACACCAAUCCAAAGGAGGUCCAAGAAAUGAGGAACAAGAUCCGAGAGCAAAAUCUACAAGAUAUUAAAACUGCAGGCCCUCAGUCACAGGUUCUUUCUGGGGUAGUUGUGGACAGGAGUCUUGUACAGAGAGUAACUGUUUAUAAGGAUGCUCCCCUCUCAGACUGUACGGAAUCUAUUGAAGGGCUCGAUCUCACAGAGCAGGCCUAUAGUCCUGCUAAAUCUCUGUCUGUUAGAAAGGGAGAAUUGGUGACUGCAUCAAAGGCAAUAAUUGAGAAGGAAUAUCAACCCAAAGUCAUAGUGAGCACAACAGGACCAAAUCCCUUCAAUAAACUCACUGAUCGAGAACUGGAGGAAUAUCGCAAAGAAGUAGAAAGAAAGCAGAAGGGACCAGAAGAACCUUCAGAAGAUGGCAGGCAACAGAAAGAGAGAAGUCCCCCUGACCACACCUCGGCUCGCACUCCUCCCAGUACGCCCAUUAAAAUAGAGGAAGAGAGACAGCAGGACCAGACGUACAAAGAUGACAGUGAUGCUGCAACUUUCAAGCAAACCCUCCCAGAUCUCACCCCUGAUGAGCCUUCAGAAGCACUCGGCUUCCCUCCCUUGGGAAAGGAGGAAGGGAGAUGCGAUGAAGAUGUGCCCAAAAGCCAAACGGAAUCACCUGCAGUGGAAAACAAGGAACCCCAACCUCAACCCGCUGAGGAAGCGGUGACACCCCCAGCCGAGGAGGGGCCGGCUGCCGAUGCAGGUAGUGAUGAAUCUCCGGGGAAGUCCCCAUCCAAAAAGAAAAAGAAGUUCCGCACUCCUUCCUUCCUGAAGAAGAGCAAAAAGAAGAGUGACUCCUAAAGGCCAAACACACUGCAGAAACACUGUCAUAGUUUAAAAUCCAUUAACCACUAGAAUGUACCAGAUCGUACUGAGUGUUUUGUCUUAUUAUGUAAAUGAAUGCAACAAGUAAUCAAACCAGCCCCUCAAGUUACGGCUUAUUAAGGUUAGAACCAGAAACUAAUGUCCAAAAAGGUGCUAAUCCUGUGUUUUCAGCAGCUACCAUGGAUCUGAUCCCUAAUUUGUAAUCAGAUGUAAAUGACUUCCCUGUGGAAGGCACAGAAUCACUAUUUUUAACUUAAAGCCCGCACUGCUUAUAAAAGAAGAAA